CAUCUACAUGGAGGGAAGUAUGCAGUGGGGUACCCCAAGGUUCUGUUUUAAGCCUAGUACUCUUCAAUACCUUCAUAAACAAUUUAGAUGAGGGAAUAGAAGGGGAACUCAUCAAAUUUGCAGAUGAUACCAAGCUGGAAUAGCUUGCCUUCAGAAGUUGGAGGCCUUUAAAAGACUGGGAAGCCAUUUGUCCGAAACAAUAUAGUCUCUUGCUUGAGCAAGGUUUGGACAAGAAAACCUCCGAGGUCCCUUCCAGCUCUUUUGUUCUGUUCUGUUCAUGCCAAUUUUUGCUGAAUUGUUUUAGAUUUUGUUCAGUGCUCACUCAAUAAAACUUUGGAAAAGAUUUGGAAGUGAUUCUUUGAAACACGCAGCAGUGAGUGCAGCAGCUCACUUAGAAAUUGCUUUACUUUUAGCUUCACACUUUAAGGAGGCGCUAUGAUGUAUUCAGUGUAUUUUGAAGCAGCUCUUUCAAAUAAUUUUCAAAGCAAGGACUGGCCUAGUUUUUCUUGUAUUAGUGGAAGGAAAUUGCUGUACAUGAGGGGGACCCAAUCUUCAUCCUACUUCCCUCGCCUUGCUGUCCGAGCCUAGUUCUGCCUGGGCUUCCUGCUUCUUUCGUGGCCUUCGUUUAAGAGUAGCUGGGGGAGGCAGUAGCCACCGUGGCCUGUGCGGUUUGUGCUGCUCUCCCAGGAGCCGCAAGUUCCGGUUCAGACAGCAGCACUGCAGCUUGUGCAGGAGGCAAACGAGCACUUCUUCAUUUGCACAGUAUUUUGCAAGACAGGAGCCUCCUCUACCCCUUUUGCUUUUGUUCCAAUGCUCAGGCUUUUCGAAGGGAGGUCGGCGUCAUCACAGAGUUAGCGGCCUUGAGUCAGGUUGUCUUGCAAAAUCAUGUAAAAAAACAAAACAAAACCAAAAAACAGCAAAGGAUCAAGCGGGAUCUGUCCCCAUUCCCACCAGGGGCUCUUGGGAAUCCUUGCUCAGGCCUGGCCAAGAGGAGGACAAAAGGUCUGGAUGGGAGUAGCUGCAAAAGACAGCAGCCGAAUUUGAAUGUACAGAAGAUUUGUUUCGAGUCAACAAUCUGUUUUUUCUUGUUUGGCUUCCCCUAGUUCAGCUCUUGGAUUUCAACAAUAUGGAUGUCCCAUAUUGUAUCUGUUGGUGGCCAGACAAGAGAACCAUGGAGAUUGCUUUUAAGAGAUCCAUCUUUCUCGGCCUAUUGAAAUUCAGACUGGAACCCUAGAUGCCUGUGGGAAAGUUUUCAUGGUCAAUGCUAGAAUGGAGUAUCCCGAACGCUCCAGUACCUCAGACUUGAUGGAUAGGUCAACUGAUGACAGAACAAAGGAAGUGAGCUCUGACUGUGGAGAGGGCUUGAAACAGACUUGGGAUCUGCUUGCAUUUUCUAGAACUUGCCAGGCUGAAAAUACUGUUACCUCUCCUUCUUUGGGCCUUGUACAGGACAGGUUGGAGGGUCUUCACUGCAGAACUGAAACACCCUCUGAAAAAUCCAUUCCAGUGUUAAUGCAGAAUAAUUUUGAAGUAUUGCACCCUGAACUGGGCCACCUUGUUUCAGAUAGCUUGGACUUCUCUGAGAGAUUUGUACAGCCUCUCGAGCCGAUGAAAAACUUGAAAACUCAGGAUAAGCACAAUAAUGAUGCUACCCAGUCUGUUUUUUGGGCUGGUAUUCUACAAGCUCAGAUGUGUGUCUUCGAUCUCCAGGAGGAGUUGGAUAAGCAGAAAGAACCUCGGCAGACUCACGGUGUGAAUUCUGAAUUCCUGGACACAGCUACCAUCAACGAACCUUUGCUCCUGGAAAGUGACAGUGAGGAGGAGCCAGAAGAGAAUUUAGAGAAACAGGAGGAAGAAGGAAGUGUGGAGGAGGAGGAAGAGGAGGAGGAGUUCGAAUACUUAUUUUUCAAUAACCCACUCUUUCAGGAAAGUCCUCGCUUAACCAGAACUUUUGAAGGACAAGUCCCAUGGUCACAAUCAGAAAGAGAAAUUUCCACUGAGGAUUACAAGAAAAAUGUAAAAAGUGAAGUGGACUCUGGAAACCAUAACGGUGACUUGUUUUCCCAGGCCAAUGUGGCAAUAAGCCCUGCGGCCAGGAGUUAUUUUUCCUUCUGUGAUGCUAAUGUGGACACAUCCACCUCUUCUUUUCCAAGUUAUGUGCCCCAUUAUCGUUCCUUGUCUCCAUUGUUGAUUACAGAAAAAGAUCUUGAAAUCACCUGCUCUUUGGCAGAGGAUUCAGAGGCUGAGGGCUGUUUCCCGGAUCCCCUGCAAGGAGAUGUUCUGGAAAGCAUUACUCCAGACCCGUCUGCGUAUUUGCCGGCAGAAGGCCUGCUGUUUUCUGCCUCCAGUACUUCUCUGAUGUCCGCUUUGCUGCAAGAGUCCAUCGAGAGCCGCCUCCCUCCCAGGCCGCCAAGCUCUCCAGAGGAGAGUUGCUGCGUCCCCUCCAGCUUCCGGGUCCUCUCGGUUCCUGCUGCAGAAGAGAAUCUGCAGCAAGAGAGGUUUGAGCCACAAGUAUCACCCCAUGGCCUCCCUUCAUCUUCCUGCACGUGGUUAGAGGAGCCUGAAAGAACUUCCUCUCUGCAGAAGGACGUCAGCGGAGCAGAUGUGAGCUCCAUCCCACUUUGUGGUGUAGAGAGGAAGCGGGCGAGCUCAGUAGAGAGACUCAAGAUGGUGGAGCUGCCAGCGAUGCAAAGCGAUGGGAGGCGGAAAGGCAGAGAGGAAGAGCUGACGUUCUACUGCCGUGAAGAGCCUGGAGGGGAGUUUGGCAGAACGGGGGACAGUCUGCCUGCCAAGGCCAUGGCAGAACCAAAUGGCACCCUGCCCCUGGCCAACGGCACCUCUGGAGAUCUGGCCGCAGCGCACAGGCUGGCCGCUCGCCUCUACCAUCUGGAUGGGUUCAAGAAAUCUCAGGUGGCUGCCUUCCUCCAGAAGAACAAUACCUUCAGCCAGAUGGUCGCUGAGGCUUACCUCUCGUUCUUCCACUUCUCUGAGCAAACUCUGGAUCAGGCCCUGAGGUCCUUCCUGAAGUCCUUUGUGCUCACCGGGGAGACUCAGGAGCGGGAGCGGAUCCUGAUGCAUUUCUCUCAGCGCUUCCACUGCUGCAAUCCUGAGGCUUCUCUUAGUCCAGAUGCCGUACAUACGCUCACCUGUGCCAUGAUGCUCCUCAAUACCGAUUUGCAUGGGCAGAACAUUGGCCGAAGCAUGAGCUGUCAGGACUUCGUUGUGAACCUCACAGGCCUCAAUGAGGGCAAGGACUUCCCCAAAGAGCUGCUAAAGGGAUUGUACAACUCCAUCCGUCAGGAGAAACUGGAAUGGGCUACGGAUGAGGAAGAGACAAUUGAUGCCAAGAUACUCCUGAGUCCCACAAACAGCCAGAGGAAAACCAACCCUUUCCUGACCGUGUGGCAGGACCCGGGGGCAAAAGUCUACCAGCAGGGUCUCCUCGCCCGUAAGGUGCACGCAGAGGCCGAUGGCAAGAAAACUCCCUGGGGCAAGCGAGGCUGGAAGACCUUCCAUGCUGUGCUGAAGGGGACAGUGCUGUACUUCCUCAAGGAUGAGCAGCACUGGGAGGUGUCAGGCACAGAGGAACUGAUUGGAUUGCCUCAUGCCCUGGCCGAGAAAGCCAGCAAAUACACCAAACGGCCGCAUGUCUUCCGGCUCCAGACUUCGGAUUGGCACAUCUUCCUUUUCCAAGCCCCAACUUCUGAAGAAAUGACUUCAUGGAUUUCUCGCAUCAACCUUGUGGCAGCCAUGUUCUCUGCUCCACCUUUCCCUGCAGCAGUGGGCUCCCAAAAGAAAUUUAUAAGACCCAUUUUGCCAACUACUCCCUGCAAGAAUUCCAUAGAAGACCAGCACCUGGCCCACGAAACCUGCAUGGACAGGAUGUCCCACGAACUGCAGGAGCUCCAGCGGAAUCUGCCGGAGAAGCGUGGGCGUGGGAGGGAUCUGGAGGAGUACCAGCUCAGAAAGGAGUACUUGCUUUAUGAGAAACGCCGCUACGAGACGUACGUCAAGCUCCUGGAGGUGAAACUUGGCUGCAGCACAGAGGAUCUGGACCAGUGGGAAGCCCGGGUGGCAGCCGUGGUUGAGAACUGCCCCAGUUUGCAGAAGUCCCACUCCAGCCCUUCCCUGAACGUGGAUGGGCCUCCUGCUGGAGGGGCCAAAGUGAAGCGGAACAUCUCUGAGCGCAGGACCGUUCGCAGAAUCAUUCCGAAGCGCAACAGACACUUGUUAUGACCCUUGGAUGCAGGAGGAGAAUUGGCAGAGAGCGGUUGGCUCAAGCCAGGGCGGUCAGCAGUUGCCUUGGCUGGACGCUAGGUGAGGUCUCAGCGCCAAGAUUCUGGCCUGGAGCCCCUUCUGGCCUUCUCCAGAUUGUAGCUCCGGAUUUGCUUUUGGGAAAUGCUAUUCAGCUCUGCUCUGGACUCACCUUCCCUUCAAAAUCCUCUCUGGCUACUCAGGGCAAAUGGGAGGUCUGUGUGCAAUAAAAGGAACAGAAUGGUGAGGACCCGGG